AGAAAAAUACUGAAGACUUGCUGGAGACUGAAGGAGCUGGAGAAGUCUUUUAGAGAUGGCUUAUUACGAACACAUCGUCUUUGAAGAUGAUUUAUCAGCUGAUAACAGCUCUGAAUUCGGCUCGGGGGACAUCGGAGCCAACUUUGAGGUCCCGUGUGAUGUGGAGGUCAGUCACGACUUCCAGAGGAUCUUUCUCCCAACGGUGUACGGGAUCAUAUUUGUUUUGGGUCUUAUCGGGAACGGACUGGUUGUUCUGGUAAUGGGUUGCCAGAAGAAAUCCAGAACCAUGACAGACAAGUACCGUCUGCACCUCUCAGUGGCGGACCUUCUGUUUGUGCUCACUCUGCCAUUCUGGGCUGUGGACGCGGCCAAAGACUGGUACUUUGGAGGGUUCAUGUGCGUGGCCGUGCAUAUGAUUUACACGGUAAACUUGUACAGCAGCGUCCUCAUCCUCGCCUUCAUCAGUUUGGACCGGUACCUCGCUGUAGUGCGCGCCACAAACAGCCAGGGUCCGAGGAAACUUCUGGCCAACCGCAUCAUUUACGUGGGCGUGUGGCUCCCCGCCGCGCUCCUCACUGUGCCCGACCUGGUGUUCGCCAAAGCGGAGAGCAGCGCCAUCCGUACCUUCUGCGAGCGCAUAUACCCGCAGGACUCGUUUGUCACAUGGGUGGUCGCCUUCCGCUUCCAGCACAUCCUCGUGGGCUUCGUGCUUCCCGGGCUCGUGAUCCUCAUCUGCUACUGCAUCAUCAUCUCCAAGCUGUCGCGCGGCUCCAAAGGCACGCAGAAGCGCAAGGCGCUGAAGACCACCGUGGUUCUGAUCGUCUGCUUUUUCGUCUGCUGGUUGCCGUAUUGCGGAGGGAUCCUGCUGGACACGCUGAUGAUGCUGGAGGUGAUUCCCCACAGCUGCGAGCUGGAGCAGGGGCUGCAGAAAUGGAUCUUCGUGACGGAGGCGCUCGCGUACUUUCACUGCUGUCUCAACCCGAUCCUGUACGCCUUUCUGGGGGUGAAGUUCAAGAAGUCCGCUCGCAGCGCUCUGUCUCCCAGCCGGGGGUCCAGUCUUAAAAUUCUGUCCAAGAAGAGGACAGGAAUGUCAUCCGUGUCCACAGAAUCUGAAUCUUCCAGCUUUCACUCUAGUUAACGCAAGAGCGCGCACCUUGGACUAUGAACAUGCUUUCAGAUUUAAUGUCAUGAAAUUACCAGAUAUAAAAAUGAGCAAACAGGCUGAGCCUAAUUGAAAAGUUGUAAAUAUGUUCAUAAGAAUGUUGACAAAUACUGCAAUGCUUCCAGUAUUACUCUUCACAUUGAGACUUUGUGAGGAAAAAUGUGUUUAUAUAUUGUGCACAAUGUUUACUGUACAUAUCAUGUGUGUAUAUAGAUUUUUUUACUUAGUUCUUUUCUGCACUUAUGUAGACCAUUGCAUUUAUUUAUUAUGUGAUAAACCAAAGAUGGAUUGAAUUAUCCAUUCCAAGAGCUGCUUUGUCAAUUUGAAGUCUUUACAAUAAAUUGUUUUGAAUACUCAAA